ACACAAAAGAAAAGGUCGUACAGGUUCUGUUCUACAAUAAUGAUUUUUUGAUAAUUUCCUUUGAGAUUAGUUAGAAGUUUAUGAUUUAGUUACAGAAAUGGUUACUAUAAUAAAGAACCAAUUAUUGAAACAUCUCUCAAGGUUUACAAAGAAUCUAUCACCCGAGCAGAUAUCCCUAUCAGCACUCCGAGGCUCCGGAGAGCUGCAAGACCUGACCCUCGACGAGGAUCUGCUGACGGACUUGCUGGAGUUGCCGGGAUGGCUACGACUGACAUCGGCAUCCUGCAACAAAGCGACUUUCCGGAUACAGUGGACGAAGCUGAAGACGGUGCCUAUUGUGUUGAAACUAGAUGAGGUCCGGAUAGCCUUAGAAGUAUGUGCGGAACCCAGAGUAAUGAACCCCGGCGCUGCGGGCGCCAUGCCCGCCGCCGGUAAAUACAGCUACAUUCAUAAGGUAAUAGACGGAAUCUCGGUGGUUGUGAAUCAAGUGCAAAUAGACUUCGCGUGCGACGCGUUCACGAGCAACGUGCAGAUAUCCAGGGUGACGGUAGAAUCAAGGACGCCGGAGGGCCGACGGGGGGACCUAAGACUGACUAGAAUCAAGAAUCCUGACACUGGACAACUUUUAAUAUUUAAGGAGCUAGAAUUUCAGAGCGCUCGGAUAGAAGCCAAACCACACGGAGCGUCCGCGAAUUUACCACCACUAAGACUGUUACUGGGCAACACACACUGCCGAAUUGUGAUUAAAAAGAGGCUGGCGGAUUGUGCCGUGAUAGGUUCUCGUCUAGCCAUCCGACCUGAGCCGGUGGCGUGGGCGUUAACUGAUGGUCAACUCCGAGCGAUGUUAGCUUGUGCCGCGGCUUUGGCUGAACCCGUGAAGCGAGCCACUGCCGCUGCCACCAGGGCCAAGGCUGCCAGAAAGGUAGAAGAGCCGUUGGAACAGAUCCACAGCCGCUCGUCGUCGAGCGAGCACGACAUUCUAGCGCGAAUGUUCGCUAAGCACGACGUUCGGGAAACAUCCUAUCAUUUGUUGGCGCCUAGAAUAGACCUGCAUUUAUGUGACGAUCCCGGCUUGGGCCGAUCAGAACAUCCGUCCCUUUCUAACGGCGGCGCGCUUCAAGUAACUUUAGUGAGCAUGCAAGCCGACCUAUUUCCUUACCACAGAGCUUCCAACGAUCGAAGACAUUGGCGGGGAUACCGGGAAGCCGCUACACCUCACACCCAAUGGUUAUCGCAAGCCUUAUCGUCGUUUUGUGGGUCACUAUUAGACGUUUUGGAUCCGAGACCUUUACCGCCUAGUAAUAAGCCCAGUCAAGUGGAGAAGGAACCCGUGUCAAAUGGCUUCAGUCACAAACCGACACCCACACAAACUAGUGCUUCCACCGCUCCGUCCGCCAACACUACCUCACAAGUUUCUCCUACGAGAACGAAGAUUCUCCAGCAGCUGGGCAAGUUAAUGACCACGUGCCUCGUACUUAGGAUAGAUGAUUUUACUGUUUACAAGGUGUCUACGAAAUCUCGAGAAACGCCGCGUCCGUUAGUGUGCGCAGAAAAGUCCACAAUGCCGGGCGACGCGGGUUUACUACACGCUGAACUUACACAUUUCUACUAUCCGGGAGACGUUAACUUUCCUAUCCCCGCCCCCAAGCUGUACGUGCAACUGAGCCCCGUGCGAGUGCUGGUGGACGUGGCGAGCGCCGUGUGGCUCGGCGCCUUCCUCCCGCACGUAGCCCGCGCCGCCAGCGCCGCCGCCACGGCCGUCGGGGCUCCUGUAGGGACUGCGUCGGGAGCUCCGGCUGGUGGAACUGCUUAUUACGAUGUCCGAGCUGAAGCUAUAAUGCCUAAAAUAGUGCUAGAGGCUGGACCGGAACACAUUCCUCAACAACGCGACCGGCCUAAAGAGCUGCACAUAUGCACCGCCAGAGCCAUGCUGACCAACGUACGAGAAUCGCCAAGAACCAACACGGCGGGCACGCGCGCGGACCUGGCGUCCAUCCUGGCGGCGCUGCGCAGCCUGGCGCCGCCGCGCGGCCAGUUCCCGUGCAGCGCGGACGACGCGGAUCCUAUACAUGAACAGUUCGUGCUGCACGCUGAAAACCUUGAUGACAUAGAUCGCGGAACAGCAGUUUCUCCCGAGUUACUUUGGCGGGAAAAUAGGAGUAUAUGGUGCGCUCGAGUGGAGCCGCUGUGGGCGGACCUGUGCGGUGCGCGCGCCACCAACUACAAGCCGGCGCCUCUGCUGGACGCCUGUCCGCUCACAGCCUGGCUAUGCUUCAACGAGGACUUCUCCCGCAUCUGGGCAGUAGCUCGCACCACCGGCCUGGCCGGCCUGCAACUAAACCACUACCAAAUGCUCUUUCUUCUGCGCCAACUUGAACGGGUCUCGGAGAUGAUGGCUUGGUUGGCUCAUGAUGCUGCUAGGCAACCUGACGCCAGUGCAGGAUCAAUAGUUGUAGGUGUGGUUGUACCAGCAGUGGAACUGACGCUGGUUCUCCCCUCGAACUGCCCUGGACAAGAGUCCUCCAGAGACCUAGACAGUGUUCCUUUGGACUCUUCUAGCCUUCAGGACAUGAAAAUGGGAUCUGAAGCGACAAUGGCGCCAUCUACACUAGUCGGCGAUAGCGGUAUCAUCAGCAGUACACAGCCUGUGGAGAUAUGCUCAGCUCAACCUCUUCCCGCCGAGGAAAUGCCACCACCCAGUCCAGGCCUUAGUUUUGGAGGUUUCUCGUCAAUGCGUCGCGGCCUGACGUCGCUAGUGACAUCUAUCGACAGCGCGUGGACGCGCGACGACGCGCGUAGCGACGCCGCCUCCACAGCAUCUUCUGACAGCGAACGUUAUGUCGUCGUGGGCUUGGCUUGUGAAUCUCCUCUCGACGCUGAUCAGGCAUUCAGAGAGUUCGAACACGGGCGUAUGUCUACGACCGGGGUAGAGGUUGCGUCGGAAGUUUUGGAGCGUUCCUCUUCGCCCAGCGACCAUUCUGUAACCAGCUCCUGUCGCCGGCGAGAUGUGAUCUCGACGUGCACUUGGCGCCUGCACGACGUGCACGCCGUGCAGCACAGCGGCGCCGCCUCGCGCCUGCGCCUCGCCGCCGGGGACCUGCGCACCGACGAGUGCGCCGCCAUACCCUGGGACGAGUUCCAGAACAAAUUCUCGAUGCGAGCGAGGGCUUGGACCGAGCCGGCCGUGGACGAGUGCGAUCUGAAGCCUAGGGAAAUACCAAAAGUCGCCGCUAGGAUGACGAGAACUGAACUACCAAGGGUUCCUGAUGAAAACGGUGUAACAUCAGGGCUGGCGCCAUUCGAGGAACUGCUAGAAGCGCGUGUUCGAGAAGUGAGCAUAGCUCUCAACAUGAGCACGGCCCUGGCGCUCGCUGAGUUCAUAGAAGACGAGGUGCUGGUCCCGCCUAUGCCUUUGGAAGUGUUAAUAGAAAACGUGAAACUCCACCUAAACGAAGACCGUCCAACCCGCUCCAUUUCCUCCCCUCCCCCGCAACCCCUCGACAUCGCCCUCACCACCCUCCGCCUCACCAGGGACGAGAACGGCAUUCUCCGACUCGGCCCUCCUGAACACAACCCGUCCCCGUCGACACCGCAGCAACCGGAAUUGGAGGAAGCGAAAGGGAAGAUAGAUAGCUUGAGUAGAGAAAAUGAAGAGUUGAGAAAAAGGCUGAUGACGUUGGCUAGGAUUGCGGAGGAUAACAGAGAUUUGAGAGCUAAAGCGGAAGAGGUGUCGGUGUUACGUCAGUGCGUGCACACGGCGCAGCAGGAAGUAUCUAGUUUGCUGGCCGACAAGCAGGAGUUGCUGGAGGCCGUGCGAGUUUUGCAGGAGCAAUUAGGGGUGCGCGGGAAGAGGUAGCGCUCCCUUGGCCGCGCCGGCGGCGACUGCUGCAGCCUCGACUGCACGCACUGCUGCGGCGAGCCGUAAGCCGUAAGCCGUAAGCCGUAAGCACUGGCUGUCUAUACCGAGGAGAGCGGCCGUAAUACAGCGGUGAAUGAUGUCACUAGAAUAUUGUCUCUGUAAACCAAACGGCGCGGUUUCCUAGAGGGCGGUGUUUGACACCGUAACGUCAAUAAGCGGUGCCGCCUCUUGCGUGACGGCCGUGUUGAUGGUGUCGAUAGUUUCGUGAACGUUUUAUUUUAUAGCGGUGAAGCCAUUUCUACUAAAAUCUCAAAUGUUCUGUACCACGAGAUUUGAAUAAAUGAUCUUCCACCCUACGAUUAGUUUCCUCUUCUGGUGAUAGUUCAUCCUCCAAGUAAAUUAUUAAAGCUAAAUCAAGGUCGUCCAUUUUCGCCCCUGGAUACGUUUCGUUUGACAUUGGUGGCUGACGGUGUGUUAUGACGCCGUGGAACUUUCCACAUGUCGUCACCGUAAAGACGGCCGUCUUUUUGCAUCCGCUAUAUGAGGGCAUCGCUUUCUUAGGAAACCAGAGCUUUGUCACCACAAGUGUAACGAGUUUAGAUUUCCAGGACUUAAGCCCGCCUCAGUGUUAGAGGGCGCAUCGAGAGUUUAAUGUACGAUUCCCACCGACCGGCUGGAGUCGGGCCGCGUCGGAACGCAUUUUCAAUGUGCCUCAUGUAUGGCAGACACGAUGGAAUCCAUCCGGAGCCGUCCGCGUCCGGCCGUACAAUUGUGAAAUGCGCUUCGACUCCGCCAGUUCGGUGGGUAUCGUACUUAACUUAGACCAUGGAACGCACGAUCCCGCUCGACUUUAAUGCCGACCAUACAUUUAUUUAAUGUUUGGUCACUGUUGAACUUCCAGGAGAUAUGAGUAGCACUGAGGCCGAUUGUAUAUGUUUGCAUUUCUUUUGCGGACGCCCAGCUUCCACACUGGAGCGUACAUCGGGCGGGCCGUAUGCUUGUUUGCCACCGAGGUGGUAUUAAAAAAAAAUCUGUUUGCACACCAAAAAGAAGGCAGCAUGAAACUUUACAAUACAUUAUUCUACAUUCAGUGACUUCAGUAAGUCAAACGUUGUAACUCACUGUAAUGGCGAGCUAAUUUGACGGCUAACCGACCACUAUAUAGAAAGCUUCCGCUACACUCAUGAAGUACAUAUAUAAAGGACAACACUCACGUUUUUUAAGUCGAAAAUUUCUCGGCAUGUAACGCUCUAUAACGAAGAACUUUAUCUUUGUCGAAAAAACAGUCUCACUCCCUAUUCAAGUUAUACACGAAUAUGCCACCAUAUUUCACAUUACUAUUCCAGUUUUUUUCUGCUGCUUUUUACGACCUAGCAGUCAGACCGAAAAUCUUAACAGUAAUGCCAAUUUUAUUUACAAUCUAUAACCGUCAAACGUGUGGCAUGUUGAUCAAUAUCAAAAUGUGGUAUUUAGAAAAUAUUGGUCGAGGAGGGCAAAUGUGAUUACUGAUAUUUUAUACUUGCGUACUUAUAGUGUGCAUUUAUUAUUGAGAAAUAAUUUUAAUGUUACAAUGCGAAAGUUUCAGAAACUGCAGUUUUGGGGGAAAAUGUAUGUACCUGGCAACACUGAUACAAAAGUGUUGCUAGUGUUGUGUUUCUGAAACUGACGUGGUUCCUUUGAUGUAGUUGUUAUAAUGUUUCAAUCCAUAUUCAAAGCAUAUCGUGUCAAGAUUUUGUAUGUAUUGUAUUAUUUUAAUAACAAAACUUCCGUGAGACACAGACAUAUUAAAUAUAUUAAUAACGGGUCACUCACGUAUUUUAAACGCUCGACAUGUUUCACUCCGUACCGAGGAGCGUCAUCAGGAGCUUGAAGCAAACAUGCUAAUUAUAUUUCAUGUCUGCUAGAGUGGAGCCUUUGAGUAUGGAUUGUAGCAAUUUGUAAUACUGGUUUGUUUGUUGAACUCAACACACAUUAUUUUUGGCCCAGUGUUUUUAAUAGGUGUUCUAGUUAAUUCACUUUGGUGUUAGUUAUAUGUAGGGGUCAGUGUUACUAUUUUAAUAUCUAAUUUUUAGUAAAUUACUUGUUGUAUUAAUAUUUGAGCAGCUGGCAAAUAUCUUUUUUUUGUGUGGUUGUGGUACAGCAAAGAGAUUAGUAUUGCGAUAUAGCCUGGCCCGUUUAAAUGCUUUUAGCCAAGCUACUUAAUAGUUUAACUUCUUCAGAUAUUAACUUCAGACAAUAGCUUACCUAGAAGUUUUUAAACAGGGCUUUUAUAAAAUGUGACACCAAACAUUUCCUAGGCUAAGAUUUUAAGUAUAAGGGACAGAUUAUAGCCAUAUACAUACUAUAAUUAUAUUUAUUGUGGUAGCUUCAGUUUGUACAGUCGCCAUCAGAUAUAUC